AUGGCAACAAUUUCUGUUCAACGACACAUGCUCAUUUUUCAUGGACAUUUUCUACGAAUCUCUUGGAUGCGUAUUGUUCUACAUUAUCUACCACUUCUUCUUUGUCUUAUUUAUCCUAUGAUGUUUUAUUUUUUUGCUAUUAUUCUUUAUCCAUGCGAUGGCACACAAUGGGAUUACACUAGUAAUUUGUGUGGUUUUGCUGAUUGUUAUCUUCUUUUUAACAAAGUACUCGGCACAUUUGACUGGUCAUUCAACAAUGGAUUACCUAUGGUUAUAAAUGCAUUAGCCAAUAUAGCUUUAAUUGUACGAGUAGUUCGACAAAAGCGUCGUUUUCAACAUGCAUUGACAUGGCGACAACAUCGACGUAUGACAGUGCAAUUACUUGCGAUUUCGAGUCUUUAUAUCAUUGCUUGGGCACCAUCUCUCAUUGUAGGACUCGUACA